UUCUUGUUUCUCACACCUCGCUCUCUCUCUCAGCUCCUUCUCUGUGAGAUUAAAAUAAAGCCAUUUUCUCAUUCACACUCAGACACAGUGCUCAGUCUCUUCUUCUCUUUCUCUCUCUAGAACUACUUUCUCUCUCUCUAGAAAUCGCAAUCGGCGACAUUGCUUCAAGAAUCUCUCACACAUCGCAAUCGUGCUCGCAGGCCGGCCGGCCCUCCGAUUUGAUCGCAGUUAGGGAUUCCGGGAGGUAUGGAGUCGCAGCAGAGAAGAGGAGGAGGAGGAGGAGGAGGAGGAUUGGUGUCGCUAUCGCCGUCGCAGACGCCGCGGUCGAGCGACAAGUCGGCGAGAGAUCUGCGAUCGGCGGAUUCGAAUUCGACGAACAGGCAUGAGAAAGAGAAGGGCGUCAAUGUGCAGGUUCUUGUGCGUUGCAGGCCUUUGAGUGAAGAUGAAACUAGGGUACAUACGCCGGUUGUGAUUUCUUGCAAUGAGAAUAGAAGGGAAGUGGCUGCAGUUCAGAAUAUUGCUAACAAGCAGAUUGAUAGAACCUUUGCCUUCGAUAAGGUCUUUGGUCCAGCAUCAGAACAGAAGGAAUUGUAUGAUCAGGCUGUGUCUCCUAUUGUGAACGAAGUACUUGAGGGGUAUAACUGCACUAUCUUUGCGUAUGGUCAGACAGGGACGGGAAAGACGUACACAAUGGAAGGAGGAGCAAGAAAGAAGAAUGGGGAGUUUCCAAGUGAUGCUGGUGUUAUCCCAAGAGCUGUGAAACAAAUUUUUGACAUAUUAGAAGCUCAGGUUGCUGAGUAUAGCAUGAAAGUCACUUUUUUAGAGCUGUAUAAUGAGGAGAUAACUGAUCUGUUGGCUUUAGAGGAGAGCACAAAGUUUAUAGAUGAAAAAACUAAGAAACCGAUAGCUCUCAUGGAAGAUGGAAAAGGUGGUGUUUUUGUGAGAGGCUUGGAAGAAGAGAUAGUGUGCACAGCAAAUGAAAUUUAUAAAAUCUUGGAGAAAGGAUCUGCAAAAAGGCGUACAGCUGAGACUCUUCUCAACAAGCAAAGUAGUCGUUCACACUCUAUAUUUUCAAUCACAAUCCACAUUAAGGAAUGUACUCCAGAGGGUGAAGAAAUGAUCAAGUGUGGGAAGCUGAAUCUUGUUGACCUUGCUGGUUCAGAGAACAUUUCUCGCUCUGGUGCAAGAGAUGGCAGAGCAAGGGAAGCUGGAGAGAUAAAUAAAAGCUUGCUUACUCUUGGUCGUGUCAUAAAUGCUCUAGUUGAGCACUCUGGUCAUAUUCCAUAUAGGGAUAGUAAACUAACAAGAUUAUUGAGGGACUCCUUAGGAGGGAAAACAAAGACAUGCAUAAUAGCUACCAUAUCACCCUCCAUCCAUUGUUUGGAAGAAACACUCAGCACCUUGGACUAUGCACACCGUGCCAAGAAUAUAAAGAAUAAACCAGAGGUUAAUCAAAAGAUGAUGAAAUCAGCUUUGAUCAAGGAUUUAUAUACUGAAAUUGAUCGUCUCAAGCAAGAGGUAUAUGCUGCAAGAGAGAAGAAUGGAAUCUAUAUACCACGGGAUCGGUAUCUUCAUGAAGAAGCCGAGAAGAAGGCAAUGGCGGAAAAGAUAGAGCGCAUGGAACUUGAAUCUGAAUCCAAAGACAAGGUAUCAAUGGAGCUUCAGGAACUUUACAAUUCUCAGCAACUUUUGACUGCAGAAUUGACUGAUAAACUUGAAAAAACUGAGAAAAAGCUCGAGGAAACUGAACAUUCAUUGGAUGAUCUUGAGGAAAAACAUCGGCAGGCAAAUGCGACCAUUAAAGAGAAGGAAUUUCUGAUAUCAAAUCUCCUCAAAUCUGAGAAAUCACUUGUUGAGCGUGCAUUUGAGCUUCGAGCAGAGCUAGAGAAUGCUGCAUCAGAUGUGUCCAAUUUAUUUUCCAAAAUUGAGCGCAAGGAUAAAAUUGAAGAUGGGAAUCGGAUACUGGUCCAGAAAUUCCAGUCACAGCUAACUCAACAGCUUGAAAUCUUGCAUAAGACAGUGGCCGUUGCAGUGACACAACAGGAGCAGCAGUUGAAGGAUAUGGAAGAAGAUAUGCAGUCAUUUGUAUCCACAAAGGCAGAGGCUACCGAAGAACUUCGAGGAAGACUAGGAAAGCUGAAAAAAAUGUAUGGUUCUGGUAUCAAGACACUGGAUGGUAUAGCGGUGGACCUUGAAGGAAAUUCUCAGUCAACUUUUUGUCAUCUAAAUUCUGAAGUUUCUAACCACUCUUCUGCAGUGGAGGAUCUCUUCAAAGGAAUUGCUUCAGAAGCUGAUGAAUUACUUAAUGAUCUUCAAAGUAAUCUUCACAAGCAAGAGGAGAAGCUAAGCGCACAUGCACAACAGCAGCGUGAGGCUCAUGCCAGAGCAGUGCAAAUGGCACGGUCAGUUUCUAAAGUUACUGUGGACUUCUUCAAGACUCUAGACACGCAUGCAUCCAGUUUAAGCCAAAUUGUGGAAGAAGCACAAACUGUCAAUGAUAAGAAACUGUCUGAGCUUGAAGAAAAGUUUGAGGAGUGUGCUGCUAAUGAAGAAAGGCAGUUGCUAGAAAAAGUGGCAGAGCUGCUGGCAAGUUCAAAUGCUAGGAAGAAAAGACUGGUCCAAACAGCAGUUAAUGACCUUCGGGAGAGUGCAACUAGCAGAACCAACAAGCUACAGCAACAAAUGUCAACCAUGCAAGAUUCUACUUCUUCUAUCAAAGCAAAAUGGACAAUUCACAUGGAAAAGACAGAAUCUCAUUACCUGGAAGAUACAUCUGCUGUGGAAUGUGGAAAGAAAGACAUGGAGGAGGUUCUUCAGAAUUGUUUGAACAAGGCAAAAAUGGGUGAACAACAAUGGAAGAAUGCUCAAGAGUCCUUGCUAAGUCUAGAAAAGAAAAAUGUUGCUUCUGUGGACUCCAUUGUUAGGAGGGGAACGGAAGCCAAUCAAGUUCUACGGGAAAGGUUUUCCUCUGCUGUUUCGGCUGCACUUGAAGAUGUAGAUGUUGCAGACAAAGAUCUCCUUUCUUCUAUUGACCAUUCAUUACAACUUGACCAUGAUGCUUGUGGAAACCUAAACUCAACUAUCGGUCCCUGUUGCGGGGAUUUGAGGGAACUUAAGGGAGGUCACUACCACAAUAUUGUCGAAAUCACUGAGAAUGCAGGAAAAUUUCUACUGGAGGAAUAUGUGGUGGAUGAACCAUCGUGUUCCACACCGCGAAAGAGGUCAUUCAAUCUUCCUAGCAUUGCAUCCAUCGAAGAACUUCGGACUCCUGCUUUUGAGGACUUGUUGAGAUCAUUCUGGGAUGGAAGAUCGGCAAAGCAGGCAAAUGGAGACGCAAAACAUCUUGCAGGGGCUUAUGAGGGUGCACAAUCCUUAAGAGAUUCCAGACUUCCUCUCACUGCUAUUAACUGAAGAGUGGAAGACGAAGAUUAGUAGUCAGAAAACAGAGUGUGUACAUAAUAUAUCAAUAUUUGGCGUAUGGAGAAAUCUUUAGUUGCUCGGCUACGCUACCUUAUUCAUUCAUUAAUUGUUUCUUGAAAGAAAAGAAAAGAAGAACGAAACACUAUGCGGAUGGAGAAAUCUAUUGUUUCUUGAAAGAAAAGAAGAACGAAACACUAUGCGGAUGGAGAAAUCUAUAGUAGGCGUCUUGGGGAAACUUCAUUGAAUCCCCGCUUUGUAACAAACUGAGCAAUUGGAUUUUAUUUUAUUGAUGAGGAGUUUUUUGAGUG